AGUCAAACAGUGUCGACAUCAUGGGAAAAGCAGUGCUCACGUCGAUUGUUCUGCUUGGAGCCAUACUUAGCUGCCAAGCUCAAACCGAGACCGUAGUUCGGAACGUAGGAUUUGGUGAAUAUCCUUCGGUAGUGUUUGUCAGCACUCCGCGCCAUCAGCGAUGCAUGGGCACGGUGAUCAACGCCAACCACGUCUUGACGUCCGGUACCUGCGUCAUGACCAAUGGACAGGCUAGAAUUUAUCCGGCACGUUUAGUGCAAGUCGUUGGAGGAGAUCUGUCCGUUAUCAAUCCGGUCGUCACUCAACAGACCCGCGUGGCGCAGCACAUUUUCGUGCAUGAAAACUUCCGUCCUCAUUCAAACGAUAACAAUAUCGCUAUUAUACGACUGGCCGAGCCCUUUCACCUGCCCAGCAACGGCAUUGAGGAGGCACACAUUCGGAUGCGCAUCGUACCGCAAGGGCAUCAGUGUGAUGUUGUGAGAGCGACUUUAACUGGCAGUCCCGUUCUGCAGGCCUACAAUGUGCAGAUUCGUAACCGAAAUCUUUGCAACAGCUGCUGUCAUCAAUUAUUUCGAGAUGAAAGUAACAUUUGCACUGAGGAAAUCACCAUCAGUGACAGCCUGUUGCAAGGUGAUUCGAUGUUCUGCGAUGGAGAGUUGACGGCUAUCGCGGCCACCAAUGUUAACACUGGUCAAAUACGACGCUUUCAUUUCAACCAAGUACGAUUUUUCACGCACUGGAUACAACAGCAGCUAAUACGUACGCAACCGAUGCCGGAAGGAUGGAGUCCAAAUGGCGUGCAGAUAACGAUGAAUAAUGAAUAACAAUAAAAAAAUACGAAAAACAAUAAA